AUGUACACGUUUCAGCGUGUCUUCUCCAUCUCAGAUAGAGCUUGGAGUGCCUCUUGCGUGCAGUAUAAAUGGCAAAGGACAUUGGGGAAUUUCCUUGCUGUUGCCGGACCCGACAACUCUGUAAAGAUUUACGAUCGCCAUGGACAGAAGGCGUGUGAACUAAAUAUUCCGGGGAAGUGUGUGUCUCUAGACUGGGAUAAAGAUGGAGACAUCUUGGCAGUCAUUGCUGAGAAGUCCAGCUUCAUUCACCUGUGGGAUGCCAACGUCAACAAGACAUCUCAGCUGGAUAGUGGCAUGAGAGACCAGAUGACAUUUUUGCUGUGGUCAAAAACAGGGCCGUUUCUGGCAGUGGGAACCGCUAAAGGAAAUCUGCUAAUCUACAAUCAGCAGACGUCACGGAAGAUACCUGUUCUCGGUAAACACACUAAGAAGAUUACCUGUGGAUGCUGGAGCUCGCAGAACUUGCUGGCACUGGGAAGUGAGGAUCGCAGUAUAACCAUCAGCAACCAAGACGGAGACACCAUCCGACAAACCUCUGUAAGGGCAGAUCCAGCUGAUGUUCAGUUCUCAGUUAUGAAAACAGAUGAGAGAGCUUCUCCAGGAGAGAGCACUGUGAGUGUGGCGGUGGGUAAAAAGACUCUGUUCCUGUUUAAUCUGAAUGACCCUGAUAACCCUAUUGAACUGGCCUUCCAACAACGCUAUGGCAGCAUCAUCUCUUAUCGCUGGUAUGGUGAUGGCUAUAUAAUGAUAGGGUUUUCUCUGGGUUAUUUUGUGGUUGUUUCUACACAUAUCCGUGAGAUUGGACAGGAGCUUUUUCAGACACAUAACCACAGAGACAAUCUAACCAGCAUCGCCAUCUCUCAGUCCCUCAACAAGGCCGCAUCCUGUGGAGACAACUGUAUUAAGAUCCAUGAACUGACUGAACUGAAGGAGAUGCAUGCUAUUGUUACACUUGAUGAUGAAACGAAAGGCCUGGAUCAGCUCUCAUGGACAGAUGAUGGCCAGUUGUUGGCUGUGUCCACACAGCAGGGUAAUGUGCACGUGUUUCUGUCCAAACUGCCCAUGCUGGGACACAGCUGUGGCACGCGAAUUGCAUACCUCACCUCCCUGCUGGAGGUUACAGUUAGCAACCACGUGGAGGGGGAGCCUCCUGUUGCCGUGGUAGUGGAGGUGGAGCCUAACUUCAUCGCGGUGGGGCCCUACCAUGUUGCCGUGGGAAUGAAUAAUCGUGCAUGGUUUUAUGCCAUAGGUGAAAACGGUGUGGAGCAUCUAAAGGACACUGAAUAUUUGGGUACGGUGGCCAGCUUGUGUCUAAAUUGUGACUACGCUGCUGCCCUGUUUGAAGGAAAAGUCCAGUUACAUAUGAUUGAAGGAGAAGACCAGGAUGUUCAGGAGGACAGACAGACUAAACUUUUUCCAGAAUCUGACCAGAGACACCGUAUCCUCUGUCAUGCCCUGACUUCGGACUUUCUUUACUACGGCACAGAUACCGGCUCCAUUCAUUGUUUUUACAUUGAAGACUGGGUGAAUGUGAACGAGUAUCGUCACACCGUGGGUGUGCGGAAGAUUUUCCCAGACCCCAACGGAACACAUCUCAUCUUCAUCGACGACAAGAGCGAUGGCUUCCUCUACUGCCCCGUGAAUGACAGCGUGUUUGAGAUUCCAAACCUGUCUUCCACCAUUACGGGGGUGCUGUGGGAAAACUGGCCCAGUGACAAGGGCGUGUUUGUGGCGUUUGAUGAAGACAAAGUUUACACCUAUGCUUUUCACAAGGACACCAUACAGGGCUCUAAAGUGGUUUUGGUGGGUGGCACGAAGCUGCCGUUUUCCCAUAAGCCCUUGCUGCUGUACAACGGUGAGUUGACCUGUCAGACUCAGAGCGGGAAGAUGAGCAGCGUGGUCCUGAGCACACACUCCUUUCUUAACACCGGCAACACACAAAACAACACGGAGCAGCUCCACAAACUACUACAGCAGGCCAUCAUGCUGAAGAGGUUCUCGGAGGCGUGGGACCUGUGUAAGUCUCUGAACAGUGUGGAGCGGUGGAAUGAGUUGGGCCAGGCGUGUAUGCACCAUAUGGAGGUGGAUCAGGCCAUCAGAGUGUAUCGCAUGGUGGGCAACCCAGGGAUGGUCAUGUCUCUGGAGGAUGUUAAGGGGAUAGAGGAUCAGAACCUGUUGGCCGGCCAUUUGGCCAUGUACUCUAAUGACUAUAACCGAGCUCAGGACCUUUACUUGGCCUCCUCCCGGCCAAUAGAAGCCCUGGAGAUGAGGAGAGAUCUACAUCACUGGGACAGUGCAGUGCAGCUGGCUAAAAACCUGGCUCCAUCACAACUGCCCUUCAUAUCUAAAGAGUAUGCUGUGCAGCUGGAGUUUGUAGGAGAUUAUGUGAAUGCGUUGGCUCACUAUGAGAAGGGCAUGACCGGUAAUAAUAAGGAGCACGAUGAGAGCUGUGAGGCCGGAGUGGCGCGGAUGUCUAUCCGUAUGGGAGAUAUACGCAGAGGAAUCAACCAGGCCCUCAAACACCCCAGCCGAGUCCUGAAGAAAGACUGUGGAGCCAUACUGGAGAGCAUGAAGCAAUACCCUGAAGCUGCUCAGCUUUAUGAGAAAGGGCAGUUUUACGACAAAGCCGCGUCCGUCUACAUACGCUGCAAGAACUGGUCAAAGGUCGGAGAACUCCUGCCUCAAGUCACGUCUCCUAAGAUUCACCUCCAGUACGCCAAGGCCAAGGAGGCGGACGGAAAGUAUAAGGAGGCAGCGAUGGCCUAUGAGAGCGCGAGAGAUUGGGACAACGUGGUCCGGAUCCUGCUGGAUCACCUCAACAACCCAGAGGAGGCCGUGCGCAUCGUCAGGGAAACGGAGUCGAUCGACGGCGCCAAGAUGGUGGCCAGGUUUUUCCUGCGUCUGAGUGACUAUGCCUCAGCCAUCCAGUUCUUAGUGUUGUCCCGCUGCAGUGAUGAGGCCUUUCAGUUAGCCCAACAGCACGGACAGAUGGAGGUCUAUGCAGACAUCAUCGGCUCAGAUGCUACAUUUGAAGACUACCAGAGCAUUGCUCUCUACUUUGAGGGAGAGAAGAAGCAUCUACAGGCGGGAAAAUUCUUCCAGAAAUGUGGCCAGUACAGCAGAGCACUAAAGCAUUUUCUGAAGUGUCCUAACACUGAUGACAACGUUGCUAUAGAGAUGGCCAUUGAGACGGUGGGCGAAGCCAAAGAUGACGCUCUCACUAACCAGCUGAUAGAUUAUCUGAUGGGUGAGACUGACGGAAUGCCUAAGGAUGCCAAGUACCUGUUCCGUCUUUACAUGGCCCUGAAACAGUACAGAGAAGCAGCCCGGACGGCCAUCAUCAUCGCCAGAGAGGAACAGUCCGCAGGAAACUACCGGAGUGCCCAUGACGUGUUGUUGAGUAUGUAUAUGGAACUCCAGACUCAGAAGAUUAAAAUUCCUGCGGAGAUGGCCACUAACCUCAUGAUCCUACACAGCUACCUGCUCGUCAAGAUUCAUGUGAAAAGAGGAGAUCACUUGAAAGCAGCUCGCAUGCUCAUCCGUGUCUCCAACAACAUCAGCAAGUUCCCUUCACAUAUCGUACCCAUCCUGACAUCAGCGGUGAUCGAGUGUCAUCGCGCCGGGUUAAAGAAUUCGUCCUUCAGUUUUGCGGCCAUGCUGAUGAGACCAGAGUACCGCAGUAAGAUUGACGUCAAAUAUAAGAAGAAGAUAGAAGCCCUGGUCCGUCGUCCAGAUACGUCAGAGUUAGAAGAGGAGAACUCACCGUGUCCUUACUGUGGGUUUAUGCUGCCUGACUGUGAACUGCUCUGCCCAGGCUGCAAAAACAACUUGCCCUACUGCAUCGCAACGGGUCGACACAUGGUGAAAGAGGACUGGUCUGUGUGUCCACACUGUGACUUCCCUGCUCUCUACUCUCAGCUUACACAAUUGCUGGAGUCUGAGUCAGUGUGUCCCAUGUGUUCGGAGAAUCUGAGUGGGAGUGAGGUGAAGAAAAUUGCAGACUGUGCCAACUACCUGGACCAAGUGGAGUGCUGA